AUGUGUAGUUUGUUUGGUCAAUAUAGUAGACUAACAUAGCUUUUUUUUGGAAAAUCUUAAUUAAAAAAAAAGUUGGACAUUUUCAAUUCAACACAAAUUCUAAAUAAAAAUUCUAUUUUUAUUCUUUUACUUGUGUUCUUAGACACUUGUUAACAAGAAUUUUAUCUUUAUAAUGUUGUAAGUUGUGACUAAAUAAAUUAUUGCAUAUUAGACGAUCUUAUAAAGAUAAAAUUCUUGUCAAGCAAAUGGUGAAAGAUUCAAACAAUUUUUCCAUUUCCCAUCCUCUUACUCUUCUAUGAUCCUCUUUCAUGCUACCGACUCAACAUCUUCAGUUCUGUUUAGAUUCAAAUAAAAUGAUUUAUAGGAUCAUUUUGUUAAUUUUUGCUUCCUACAUGAUAACAAGCACUUCACUGGACACUUUAUCUCAGAAUCAAUCUAUUCUUGAUGGCCAGAGUUUGAUUUCAGCAAAAGGAACUUUUGAACUCGGUUUCUUCAGUCCAGGUAAUUCAAAAGGAAGAUAUUUAGGUAUGUGGUACAAAAAUUUAACCCCUUUAACAAUUGUUUGGGUGGCCAACAGAGAAACACCACUGUACAAUAAUUUAGGUAUUUUUAAACUCAAUGAAAAUGGGGUUCUUGUGAUUCUAAACGGCACAAAAAACACAAUUUGGUCCUCGAAUGUGUCAAACAAACCCGCGAAUAAGUCAAUAACUGCACAUCUAUUGGACACAGGAAAUAUUGUGUUGAAAAUUGGGCAGGACAAUGUUUUGUGGCAGAGUUUUGAUUAUCCAUGUGAUACAUUAUUGCCGGGAAUGAAGCUUGGAUGGAACUUAGUAACCGGUCUAAACAUGUUCGAAUCGUCUUGGAAAAGUUUAGAUGAUCCAGCUAAGGGAGAUUAUUCUGUAAAUGUUGAUAUCAGAGGAUAUCCGCAACUAGUUAUUAAGAUGGGAUCUGUCAUAAGAUUGAGAGUAGGAUCAUGGAAUGGACGCGCUUUUACCGGAUAUCCAACACAACCAUUGAAACAAAAGCAAAGAUUUGAAUUUGUCAUGACUGAAAAAGAAGUGUAUCAUCGGUAUGAAGUUGUUGAUAGCUCUGUUGUUUCUAUAUAUAAACUCUCCCCUUUAGGAAAUUUGCAGGCUUUAGUUUGGACAAGUAAAACAAGCAAUAGGAUAGUAGUCGACACUGGCAUGCAAGAUUCUUGUGAUAGCUAUGCAACAUGUGGUUCUAAUUCUGUAUGCAAUAUGAACGGAAACGUUCCCAGAUGUGAAUGCCUAAAAGGUUAUGUUCCUAAGUUUCCUGAACAAUGGAAUAUUUCAUAUUGGUCUAGUGGUUGUGUUCCGAAAAUUAACUCCGUUUGUGGGAACAAUAAGACAAGUGGUUUCCUGAAAUACCGAGAAAUGAAAUUGCCAGACACGUCUUCAUCAUGGUAUAAUAAAACGAUGAAUCUUGUGGAAUGUCAAAAAGUGUGUAUGAAAAAUUGUUCAUGUGCGGCUUAUACAAAUGUGGAUAUCCGAAAUGGGGGAAGUGGUUGUUUGCUUUGGUUUGGUGAUCUAGUUGACAUGAGAGUAUUUUCUCAAUGGGGACAAGAUCUUUAUAUCAGAGUCCCUUCUUCAGAAUUGGAUCAUGUUAGUGUUGAUGGCAACAGAAACCAAAAGAAGCGACUGAUACGGAUCACAGUUGCCGUGAUAAUUUCUGGAUUCCUAAUAUGUGCCUGCAUAAUAGUAUUUAUAAAGCGAGUGGCACCGAGAUUAUAUCAUCUUGCGCCAUUUCAAUGGAGACAACAAUAUUUAAGAUUGAGGAAGGAAGAUUCAGAUCUGCCAAUAUUUGAUUUUUCAAUCAUUGUUAAGGCAACUGAUAGUUUUGCUAGCAGAAAUAAACUUGGGGAAGGUGGAUUUGGACCUGUUUAUAAGGGUACCCUGAUAGAUGGAAAAGAGGUAGCCAUAAAGCGCAAUGCAAAGAUGUCUGAUCAAGGGUCGGAGGAAUUUAAAAACGAAGUUUUGUUGAUUGCAAAACUUCAACACCGUAAUCUUGUGAAGCUUAUUGGUUGUUGUAUUCAUAGAGAGGAAAAAUUGUUGAUCUACGAAUACAUGCCCAACAGGAGCUUAGACUACUUCAUCUUUGAUGAAACUAGAAGCAAACUCUUGGCGUGGUCAAAGCGUUCCGAUAUUAUUGCUGGCAUUGCUAGAGGACUUCUUUAUCUCCACCAAGAUUCUAGACUUAGAAUUAUUCACAGAGAUUUGAAGUUAAGCAAUAUCUUGCUAGAUGCACAUAUGAAUCCAAAAAUCUCGGAUUUUGGUUUGGCUCGGACAUUUUGUGGCGAUCAAGUUGAAGCCAGAACAAGAAAGUUGGUUGGAACAUAUGGCUACAUGCCUCCAGAGUAUGCUAUGCAUGGUCGUUACUCCAUGAAAUCAGAUGUGUUUAGUUUUGGAGUAAUAGUAUUGGAGAUAAUUAGCGGAAAAAAGGUUAAGGCGUUUUAUGACUCAGAACACUCACUCAACCUUCUUGGACAUGCAUGGAGACUGUGGAUUGAAAACAUGGCACUGGAACUAGUUGAUCCACACUUUGUUGAGACAAUCGUUUAUUCUGAAAUAUUAAGAUAUAUGCAUGUGGGAUUGUUAUGCGUACAACAAAAACCAGGAGAUCGACCAGACAUGUCAUCUGUAAUUCUUAUGCUGAAUGGUGAGAAAUUAUUGUCUCAGCCGAAAGCUCCGGGAUUUUAUACCGGAAGGGGCUUAACUGAACCAAUAUCACCAUCUUCAAAUCAGAUGUCAAUUACAAUUUUUGAGGCAAGAUAGAAUAUGAAGUUUCAAACCAAUGAAUGUUUAUAGUAAGAUAUAUUCCAAUAAUCACUUUUGAUUUGAUACUUGUACAUGUACAGAACUUGUGAAUACUUUUAUCAAAUUUACUUACAUAUUUGGUCGUAUGUUUAAGACCAAAGGUAAAAAGUCUCUGUAUCAUUUAUCACUGUGAUGCAUUUUUUUUUUGCGGGCGAAUUUUUAGCUGCCGUCUUUAUUUGAAUGAGUAAUCUUACUGAGAGUCUGUGAGAUUUGCUUGUUCCUAGGUUAUAUUGUUCUACUAUUUUAUGUAGAAUUGAUUGUAUUUUAUCAUUUCCUUAUUACUUGAAUAGCUCAUGUUCCCAUUUAUAAUAGUACUGUGUAUUACUACAGAUGUAGUCCUGGAUGUUGCAUUAGAAAUUAGAAUGAGGUGAAAUUUGUAUUA